AUGAACCCAUACGAAAUCGCAGCUAUCGUGCAAUUGAUCAUUUGUGUCUUCCUGGAAGCAUGGCUUGUGUUUCUCAUGACCAAGUAUUCAAGUUUCAAAAGAGCCAUCAGAUUCGAAAGCCAGAUUAACCACGAAAGUGGCAAUGAACACCACUUAAAGAGAGUCACUUCCAGUCUUCUUAUGACUUUCGUUCCACUGACACUGCUUAUCCUUGUGAGAAUAGGCGCUGGUGCGGCUGUGAUUGCAUUUUACCGCCUUAAAAAUACUGCUUCAGAAAAAACCAUCUCCAAUCUAGUGAUAGCAAUAACCGUUAUGGAAAAUUUUGGUAUCGCUUUUUUGGAAAGCACCAUUUUCCAGUUGAUAAUAUGCAUUGCAUCUCUUGAAGACCCGUCUUUUGAGAGUAAGGGUAUAAUAGCACGUGUUAUUUACUUCUUUAAGAGAUCUACUGACGAUCAACUAUUGAACAAAAAUACAAGUUUGCUUACUACAGUGUUUUCAUAUACCGGCACUGUAAUGAUGGUGGGAAUCAUACUAAGUGCUGCUGGAGGCAGUAUGUUGUCCUCUCCCGAAGGGACUGAAAGCUCAACCGCUAGAAGCCUUCUAAGAGCCGGUUCCGUCCUCUUUUUGGUGGCUUUUAUUUCCAUUUUCGGCCAGUUGAUAUACCUUAUUUUUAUUGACGAUAGUUCCAGAUUGCACGACCAAAGGCUUUCGAUUAACAAAAGUGAUCAGGCCUUGCUCAAGGUAUGUUUGGCAGCCGCUCCCUUCUUCAUCGUGAGAAUAGUUUAUUCUCUCUUGUCUUCUUUCCAGAGCAGCAUCUUUGACAAUAAGUUUAUAAUCCUGUUGGGGGAUUGGCGUUACUUUGUUGGCAUGCAGCUUUGCAUGGAGCUAUCCGCAGCAAUAGUCUUGCUCUAUGCAUUGUCGGUUCUGCUGACGUCACAGAGACUUGCUCAGCCAUAA